GUUUGAAUCGAACUGGUUUAAAUCCACCCUAGACUUUCUAUGGAGUGGGAUCUGAUGGCGAAGACUUAAAUUUUCUGUAAUUUAAGAAAAAAAUAUUAAAAAUUAAAAGUUCACUUCCUUUGCCCUAGUAAUUUCUAGGCGUUUCUUCGAAGAAGGUAAUCGAAGAUCGGGAUAAAAGUUUAACUUGAGAAAAAAAGGAAAGAGCUUGGGAAUGGUUAAGUAAGGAUACAAUCCCGGGUACCACAUCGCAUUGACUUGUCAUGUCUUCAGGCUUCCCUGAUCUGUGACAGUUUCUUGGACUUUCCUGGUUUUUCAUGUACCCCGUCUGAAUUUUGUAAUCAAGAAAAAAAAAAAAGGAGAAGGAGGAAGAUGAAGAUGAAGACGGUGAUGAUGACGACGAUGUAUGUCCUGGAAUGCCAUCGUUUUUUAUCUCGGUGGGAGGCAAAUGAUUGGCUUUUUCUUUCUCUGUUCACCGGAACAAAAGGGGACAGGCAGUGCUUCCCGGUAUCUAUGGGAUCCACGGAGGCUGGGCGCCUUAAUCCCUGACCUCUGCCCUCUCGGUCUCUGCUCCCGCCGCCGUCCUCCCACCCCAACGCGGGGGCCCUUGGGUGGAAGGCGAGUCCGGAGCCGCGGGUCCCCUCGCCGGUUGGGCGAGCGCGCGCGGGCGGCUCCCGGAUCAGCUGUUCCGCAACCCGACGCGGCCGCCCCGCCCCUGCCCGGGUCUUAUAAGCCUCUCCCGCCUGCCAGCGUCCGAACUGCCCGCUGCCCGCCCCGGCCAGGCGCCCCCUGCAGCAUGGCCUGGAACACCAAUCUCCGCUGGCGGCUGCCCGUCAUCUGCCUGCUGCUGCAGGUGGCCCUGGUGGUCCUCUUUGGUGUGUUCGUGCGCUACGGCGUGCAUGCCGACGCCCACUGGAUCGAGGAGAAGAUGUCCAAGAACAUCUCCAGCGACAUGGACAACGAAUUCUACUAUCGCUACCCGAGCUUCCAGGACGUGCACGUGAUGAUCUUCGUGGGCUUCGGCUUCCUCAUGACCUUCCUGCAGCGUUACGGCUACAGCUCCUUGGGCUUCAACUUUCUGCUGGCGGCCUUCGGUAUCCAGUGGGCGUUGCUCAUGCAGGGCUGGUUCCACUCCUUCCACGGAGGCUACAUUCUCCUGAGCGUGGAGAACCUCAUCAACGCGGACUUCUGCGUGGGCUCUGUCUGUGUGGCCUUUGGGGCAGUUCUGGGCAAAGUCAGCCCUGUCCAGCUCCUCAUCAUGACUCUCUUCCAAGUGACCCUCUUCUCAGUGAAUGAGUUCAUUCUUCUCAACCUGCUAGAGGUGAAGGAUGCAGGGGGCUCCAUGACCAUCCAUACAUUCGGCGCCUACUUUGGGCUCACCGUGACCUGGAUCCUCUACCGACCCAACCUAUAUCAGAGCAAGGAGAGGCAAAGUCCUGUGUACUACUCGGACCUCUUUGCCAUGAUCGGCACCCUCUUCCUGUGGAUGUACUGGCCCAGCUUCAACUCCGCUGUGUCCAAGCACGGAGACGCCCAGCACCGAGCCGCCAUCAACACCUACUGCUCCUUGGCAGCCUCCGUGCUCACCGCGGUGGCACUGUCCAGUGCCCUGCACAAGAAAGGCAAGCUGGACAUGGUGCACAUCCAGAACGCCACGCUCGCUGGAGGGGUGGCCGUGGGCACCGCUGCCGAGAUGAUGCUCAUGCCUUUCGGCUCCCUCAUCAUUGGCUUCAUCUGCGGCAUCGUCUCCACCCUGGGUUUUACGUACCUGACGCCAUUCCUGGAGUCCCGGCUGCGGAUCCAGGACACGUGUGGCAUUCACAACCUGCAUGGCAUUCCCGGCAUCAUAGGCGGCAUUGUGGGUGCUGUGGCAGCAGCCUCCGCCAGCACUGAGGUGUAUGGGGUGAAAGGGCUUGCCUAUGCCUUUGGCUUUGAAACUUCCAGUAUGAACCGGAACCCAAGCAUGCAGGGCAAGUUCCAGGCUGCCGGCCUCUUCGUGUCACUGGGCAUGGCCCUGGUGGGCGGCAUCAUUGUAGGGGUCAUUUUGAAAUUACCAUUCUGGGGACAACCUGCUGAUGAGAACUGCUUUGAGGAUGCAGUCUACUGGGAGAAGCUGAAAGUAGUAGAAUGUCACGGAACUCAGUUUCUUUAAAAACACGCCACGAUUUGGGCUUUCUGUGACUUCAGGAUGGCCUUCCUCCUCACGAAUCAUUAUUAGAGGUAUUUACGUGCAUCAGGUGAUGGAGGAUGACACGGAGGGUCCCUCUUGUCUCCUGUGUUUCCCCCUUGUGACAAGGGCAAGGACCUAGCCUGUGUCUGUGGCCCCUGAGACAAGGGUCUGCCCCUCAUCGUCCUUUAUUUGGCUCUGUAUGUUUUUUUGGAGGGUGGGGUUAGGGGUGGGGGAGAAGGCUUUUUUAAAAAAAUACAUUUAUUUAUUUAUUUAUUUUUAUUUGGUUGCACCAGGUUUUAGUUGCAGCAGGCAGGCCCUUUAGUUGUGGCAUGCAAACACUUAGUUGCAGCAUGCAUGUGGGAUCUAGUUCCCUGACCAGGGAUUGAACCUGGGCCCCCUGCAUUGGGAGCAUGCAGUCUUAGCCACUGUGUCGCCAGGGAAGUCCCUGUAUGUUUUUUAUUAUUACUAUUAUUAUUUUUAAAGUGGAUUGAUUGAUUGGCUGCAUUGGGUCUUUGUUGCUGUGCACAGGCUUUCUCUAGUUGCAGCAAGUGGGGGCUACUCUUCUUUGUGGUGCGCAGGCUUCUCAUUGCGGUGGCUUCUCCUGUUGUGGAGCACAGACUCUAAGCGCCUGGGCUUCAGUAGUUGUGGCACACAGGCUUAGUUGCUCCUCAGAUCUUCCCGGACCAGGGAUCGAAACCGUGUCCCCUGCAUUGGCAGGUGGAUUCUUAACCACUGCGCCACCAGGGAAGUCCCUGUUUUUUAUUAUUGAAGUAUGGUUGAGUCAUAAUAUUAAAUUAGUUUCAGGUGUACAGCAUAGUGAUUUGACAUUUUAAUAGAUUAUACUCUUUUCAAAGUUACUAUUAAAAAAAUAGCUACAUUUCCCUGUGCUGUGUAAUAUAUCCUUGUAGCUUAUUUUAUACAUGGUAGUUUGUACCUCAAUUCCCUAACCCAUCUUCCUUCUCCCCCUUUCCCUCUCCCCACUGAUAACCACUAGCUUGUUCUCUAUUUCUGUGAGUCUGUUUCUGGUCUGCUAUAUUCAUUCAUUCAUUUUAUUUUUUAGAUUCUACAUAUGUGAUAACAUACAGUAGUUGUCUUUCUCUGAUUUAUUUCACUAAGCAUAAGACCCUCCAGGUCCACCUAUGUUAUCGCAAAUGGCAGAAUUUCAUUCUUUUUUAUAGCUGACUAAUAUUCCAUUAUUUAUAUAUAUAUAUAUAUAUAUAUAUAUAUAUAUACACCACAUCGUCUUUAUCCACUUAUCUGUUGUUGAACACUUAGGUUGCUUCCAUACCUUGGCUGUUGUAAAUAAUGCUGCUAUGCACAUUGGAGUGCACAUAUCUUUUCAAAUUAGUGUUUCCAUUUUCUUCACAUAUAUAUCCAGGACUGGAAUUGCUGGAUCAUAUGGCAGUUCUAUUUUUAGUUUUUGAAGAACCUCCAUACUGUUUUCCAUAGUGGCUGCACCAAUUUACAUUCCCACUAACUGUGUCUUCGGGUUCCCUUUUCUCACAUCCUCACCACCAUUUGUUAUUUGUAGACUUUUCGAUGAUAGCCAUUCUGACAGGUGUGAGGUGAUAGCUUAUUGUGGUUUUGAUUUGCAUCUCUAAUGAUUAGAUGGCUCUGUAUUUUCAAAAUCAUACCAGAAGUUUUCAGGGUAAUCUUAAGUAAUACCCACUAAAAACCAAUUUUAUGUACGUAACAAAUAAGCCUUUUAAAUUUGCUCUCUUUAAGUUAUUUUUUAAAUUAUAACAUGAACAGAAGCUCAUUAAAGAAAAUCUGGAAACAGAGAAAAAUAGAAAGCCCAUCACCCUCAUUCAAGCACUGUUAAUAUUCUUGGUAUAUUUCCUUCCAGCCCUUUUUUAAAAAAAAAUCUGCAUUGAUUUUUCUCACAUAGCUGAGAUGAUAUUAUUUGGUAUUCUGCUCAUUUUCUUUAUCUCUCUAUCAUAAGAAGUGUUUUGUGUUAUUGCAUUCUGAAUAAACUUUAUUUUUUUAGCAGCAUAAUUAUUUUCAUUCUAUAUUUGAAGUCAGAACUUAAACUAUUUGAGACACCACAAUUAGAAACCAUACAGAUUUAAUGCUAAUGAAGUAAACUAAAAAACGUUAUCAAUUCCCAUAUGUAGAAGUUCACUCCUGGGGUUUUUUUUCUUUUUCUUUUUUUUUGGCCACAGCAUGGCUUGUGGGAUCCUAGUUCCCCAACCAGGGAUUGAACCCAAGCAGCUGCGGCAGUUGAAGUGCCAAAUCCUAACCACUGGACCAUCAGGGAAUUCCCUCUUGGUUCUGCUUUGAUCUUUAUAAUUUACUCUAAGUUCACACCUUCUCUAUGCUGUAUACACUUCAGCAGUCCCAAGUUUACUCAGUUUCAAGUAAUAUAAUUCUGUGCCAAUGGAAGUAAGCCACCAUCAGGCCGUUCCCAUGGCCACUGGCCUCUGGGUAGUUUACCUGAGAAAUGAGGUGGCUUCCCAGAGGAUGGAGGUGAGAUAGAUGUUCUCCUGGACCACAGAUGCGGGAGUCCUUAGGAUCAAAUCUGAGCCUUGAGGCCAAGGUUAGGCUGAUCUGCCCCACCCCUACUGAACCUACCAAUCCACUUCUGGUUUCCCCUGCAUCUCCCCCUCCCUCACUUUUGGACCUGCCUGCAGUUCAGGGAGCUUGCCAUGCUACCUCUCACCUGGCACACUACUCCUUUUAAAAGUGUGUUCUGCACAGUUGGAAUCCCUCCAAGGCUGGGUUAUCAGCCUCUUGUGUGCAUUUACAACUCUUACUGUCACUGUGCACUUCCCCUGACAUGCCGUCCCAUUGGUUUAGUGCAGCAAGGACUGUGUCUUGGCCUUGCAGUGCCCUAGCACCCUGGACAGUGGCUAAGUGGAACUAGGAGCAGGAUACCUGUGUGAAAGACUGCCCUACUUCACGGCAUGCAAACUACACAGUGAUCACAAGGUGGCGCCCGCCACAUACCAUUUGCUGCUCCUGACUUGCCCAGGCUGUUCUAGGUCCACCAGGUACACCUGCCCAGCGUGGGGCAGGGCCCUCG